GCGUGCCAGAGUUCAUGUAACUACUGUAUGUUAAUGAUAACAUUAUUGAAGUUUUUAUAUCAUUGAUUAUAAAUUACGUACCUAUUGGUAAAUCUCAUCCGCCCUAACUCAACAUAUGCAGCAAUGCUGCUCAAGUAACAAGUUGAUCAUACGAACCCCGCAAAUAUAUGUGUGUGUGUUGUGCGUGUGUUGUGCGAGCAAUCAUUGAUCAUCGUUUCAUAUUCACAGGCUCCAGCUUGCCAUGCAGAUGUAACCCACGCCGGGAGACCACCCAACAUACUGUAUCCGACUAGUAAUUUACUGGCGACAAUGGGCGGGGUCAACAGGGUGCUGUGCCGAUGGUAGCAGUCUUCGCCGAUUAUGGCCUUAUACUUUUCGCGCGAAAACCUCGAAGCUGCCGAAGGGGGUAAGGAGGGAAGAGCGUGUAUAGCUAUUUGCUUUGUUUGAUUGUUCAAACAUAAUUCAUCGCAGUUGAGACAUAUGUACCAUUUCCCCCAACGAUGGCAUCCAUAGAAAUUGGCAUCUUCAUCCCCAUCGGCAACAAUGGCUGGCUUAUCUCCACGACCGCACCGCAGUACAUGCCCAGCUUCGAGCUAAACAAGCAGGUCGUCCAAAAAGCCGAGUCUUACGGCGUCGAUUUUGCGUUGUCCAUGAUCAAAUUGCGUGGGUUUGGCGGCAAGACCGAGUUUUGGGAUCACAACUUGGAGUCUUUUACGCUCAUGUCCGCCCUGGCCGCUGUCACGUCUAAGAUUAAGCUAUAUGCCUCGGCGGCGAUCCUUACCCUACCUCCAGCGAUAGUCGCCCGCAUGGCUACUACGGUCGAUUCCGUAGCACCCGGCCGCUUCGGCAUCAACAUUGUCACCGGUUGGCAAUCGGCUGAGUAUUCGCAAAUGGGUAUAUGGCCAGGUGACGCGUAUUUUGGGUACAGAUACGACUAUGCGACCGAAUACGUGCAAGUUAUGCGGGAACUCUGGACGGGCGGCGUGUCGAACUUCAAGGGAAAGUAUUUCCAAAUGGAGGACUGCAAGCUAUCUCCGCGACCUAAAGACGACGUUAAGAUAAUUGCCGCGGGACAGUCUGGACAUGGCAUUGAUUUCGCUUCGAAGCACGCGGAUUUCAACUUUGCCCUGGGCGCCGGUAUCAACACACCCACGGCAUAUGGGCAAGCCACAUCUCGUCUAGUCGGAGCGGCUGCCAAAGUCGGCCGUGAUGUCGGCUCGUACGUCCUUUUUAUGGUCAUCGCCGAUGAGACGGAUGAGGCGGCUCAGGCGAAGUGGAAGUUAUACAACGAUGGCGCGGACGAGGAGGCACUGGCUUGGAUGAAAUCAGAAUCAUCUAAAGAUACUAAGGCUGAUACUCACUCCACAGCUACAAGACUGGGCCUGCGCGAAGGGGCUGUAAACCUCAACAUGGGCACCCUUGUGGGUUCUUAUGAGAAAAUCGCGAGGAUGCUAGAUGAAGUUGCACUGGUGCCAGGGACGAAAGGAAUCAUGCUAGCAUUUGAUGAUUUCCUAGAAGGUGUGGAUAACUUUGGCCAGAAGAUACAGCCACUCAUGAAGUGUCGCCAACAAAACAGCACGUGAGCCGAGGACCUGACGACUAGAAAAAUCCAUGGAGGUUAAUACGGGUCAUGUGGUUUACUAUCGUGUUGCGGUAUAGUGAUGAGAAACUUCCUUUUUGCUGUUGAUGGUUGGAAGGUAUUCGACGGAAACGAUCUAAGACGACAUAAUUGAGAAAUGAGUAGAGUAUAUUUCAUAGGCCAAGUUAUUAAUAGAUAUUCUGAUCUCCCUCAAAAUGUAUCUCUUACUCACAGUCUCACACAGCUAGGUAUCUAACCUGGGGUAUUUCGCAUUAAAUACUUAAUAAAUACGAUACGUGUAUAAGAUGAUUGAUUGCAUUGCAGUUGCACCAGUUGACCUUUUGCCCCUAGUUUGUAGUUGAUGAAGACA